AUGCCGAUUCUCGAACAACUCAAAGAGAGCAAAUCGACCAAGAACAUGCUGCUCUGUCGGUUGUGGGACUUGGUCAUCACUGCAUACGUUGACGACAUCACCGUCUUGGUUGCAUCCGAGUCUCACAAGGAGAGCAACAAGGCUCUGAAAGUGCUGUACACCUUGCUUGUAGGAUUUGCGUCGCCAAACGGCACCUCGUUUGGCGCUGACAAGACAAAGGUUAUGCACCUGUGUAAAUCUCGGUCAUCCAAGCCUUUACUAGUCAUGCCUGACAUCCAAGGUCUUCCCUCCAAGGCAGAGACGCAUAUCAAGAUACUUGGGAUCUUUUUAUAUAACCGUCUCGCAUGGGUCGAUCACAAAGCUCGCAUUCUCGCCAAGGUCAGGACAAAGAUGUGGCACCUUCUUCGUGUAUCCAGGUCUACUUAG